GAUACAACGUCACAUCCGUUUCCGGAUACCCGUGUCCCGGAAUUCGGAUGAGCAAAAAAGGAGAAACGGAGAAGCAUGUGAUAACAAUAUUACUCACUUUGCUUUAACUUUACAACGUACCAUCUGCUUUUCAGCCUAAAUACCCCACAUGUUAGUGUUUCACAGGAAUUCGCAACGUCUCUCACCCAAUAACACAUUUAAAUCUUGCCUUAAAUUAAAUUACAUAAUUCCUGACAAAACAUAAUUUUAUAGACUCUUUCUGGUUUAUGUACAUUAAAUCCAUCUUCAUUAUAUGCAUACAUACAUACAACUUUAAAUAAAAUUUUCAUUUUAAAGAAUCGUAACCUGAAAAUUAUUUUUUAAAAUUUCACAAUGUUUUCCUGCCUGCCAAUAUCAGAAACAACCCCCGAUCUUAGCAUCGAGUGGGACGACCCAAUAAAAAUCUAUAAGCCUGGUGAAACAAUUAAUUGCACAGUUGUGAUGACAAACAAAAACAAGUUUAUCGAGUUCAAAAAUCUUAAGGUCCGAAUUUAUGGAAAAGGCAAAACCAGUUGGCAUCAAGGUCGGGUCAUGUAUUCCGAAAAAGAAACUUAUUUCCUACAGGAAAUAUUUCUCGUCGGCAACGACACCGACACAAUCAGUCAACCCUUCGGAAUAUUUCGGUAUCAUUUCUCAUACACGUUACCCGUCGGAAUUCCAACUUCCUGCUAUCACGAAUAUGGCAGCAUUUCAUACCACGUGAAAGCCAUCAUGACGAGAUCAAUUUGCACGUGUAAUCCCAAAAUCAAAAAGCCUUUUCUAGUCAAUGGUUCCACUACGUAUCUUCCCAACGAAGUGAGCAUUCCUGCACACGUGCAAAAAAUAAAACAUUUCCCCAGCUUCUUGAGAUGUGGCAUGGACAAGAUAUUUUUCCUCCUGGAAACAAAUUUUAGCGGAAUGGUUCCCGGAGAUUUCAUAAAUUUCCAACUUACCGUCGAAAACAAUUCCGUGUUCGAAUUACACCAAAAUGUCACGUUGGUACAAAUCAUGAAAUUUAAAGCGAAUGGGUCCUCAAGACGGGAACAUUCAGAAGUUAUGAAGAUGAAGGGGGAUAUAAUCCCACAACGAGAAAAGCAAGUGUGGACCGGUUCGCUGCAAAUUCCGAGAAAGGUCUUGUUAACGGGACUGGAUGGAAGUAAGCUUAUCAAUGUCCGUCAUGUGUUAAAGGCCCAAAUCAAAGCACCAUUCCUGUGUGCAUAUUUCAGCUCGAGUCUUGAGUUACCAUUGACUAUUGGGAGUCCUAAUGGCAAACAGGCGAAAUAAUUCAGCCUAUUCAUAAUUUGUUAUGUCUGUAGCUGUGAACCUGACAUGAAAACUGGAAAAAAUUAAUUCUUUGCCUACAAAUGUUUUAAAGUUGCCAGAAUGUUAACGUUUUACAUAUGUAUAAACCUGUUGAAAUUCUGUAAAAUCAAAUGAAGCUCUUUUAAAAUUUGAUUAAAAGAUAAGAUUAAGAGAAUAUUAUAAGCUAGCAUAGGUAGCUACGUGUGUACAACUAUUUGUGCAUGUAUGUAACUAUAGCUUUAGUAUAACGGCUUGGCUGUGUGUGCAAAAUAUUCAAAUAUUACAGAUAUUUUUAAAAUACUGGAUUUGUGCCGGAAAUAUUAUAGCUUGAAAAACGAAGUACAAUGUGACGUACAAUCUGUAACGUAUGUAGAUAUGUAUGUAAUAUUCAAUAAAUGUUGGCCUUGCUUCAUAUAUACA